AUGAACCCAGGAGUGAGUUUGCUGUGCAUCCUUUUGUGCAUGAUCCCUGUCGGCUGUGAUCGGGUCUAUGUUCACCCUUUCCAUCUCUUUGCAUACAGCCAUGAGAGCUGCAAGGGACUGGAAGAAAAGGAACGGCUGGUGAAAACUUUUGUUCCUAUCUCAAUUGAAUCUCCCAUCACCCCGGUGUAUGAAGAGAGUGUCAGGAACAAGAGUGAGGAGGGACCACAGAUUUCAGGAGUGGACUAUUUAAAAGACUUAACCUACGUGCUCGGGGCACGUAUCUACAGAGAGCUGGUGGAAAUGCACAAGGGAGAAAAUAUUCUUCUGUCUCCCACAAGCAUAUAUCAAUCCCUUCUAAUCUUCUACCUAGGGGCUUCUGGACGCACAGCAAGUGAAUUGCAGGGUUUGUUAGGAUUUGCUCCUCCAUCCAUUAGCCAAGACUGCACCUCCAAAAUAGAUGGGCACAAAAUCCUUCCUGUCCUGAGGACCAUCAGCAGUCCCAAGGAGGCCGAUGAGCUGCUCUUCUCCAAGCUCUUCUGCCUUUUUUCAGCCCCAAACGUCCAUUUAUCUGAAUCCUUUGUCCAUGAAUUGACCUUUGCUGACAUUAAUUUCUAUGUACGAGCUGUUGACUUUACAAACCCCACUCGGGCAGGAGAACAAAUCGAUGCUUUUGUCAAAAGCAAAAAUACCCACACAAGCAAGUCUUUGCUGACAGACGUCGAUCCGGCAAGCAACUUGUUGUUUGCAACCUAUACUCAGUUCAAAGCCAUUGUGAAGGGAGCCUCACUUCUGAAUGACCCUCAGGAAUUCUGGACCAAUUCAGAAACAAAGAUCUCAGUGCCUAUGAUGAGAGUCACUGGAAACUUUGAGCAUAAAUUUGAUAACAACCUGAAUCUUUCAGUCAUCAAAACUGCUGUCAGUGAGAGUGUAUUUCUGCUGCUAUUGCAGCCCAUCAACAAUGAAGACUUGACUGGUGCAGAGACGCAGUAUUCCAUACAGCCUUCUUAUCUGUGGCUGCAAAAAUUAUCACCGAGACGAAUCAAUUUAACUUUGCCAACGUUAUCCUUUGAAAGUGUUUAUAACCUUCAGGACCCCCUUAAUAAAGUGGGCCUAUCUGAACUGCUGGGAAAGAGGGCCAACUUCAGUAAGAUGACUGACGUCAACCUGAAUGCUAGAAAGAUUAUAAACCAGCAACUGUUUGAACUCCGUCCUGGUAAAGGAGAUCACACAGAAAACCCUACAGAACAAAACGAGGACACCGAGACACUCAGCAUAACACUGAACAAGCCUUUCCUGUUGGCAGUGCAUGAAAAAGAGUCAAGUGCUUUGCUGUAUUUUGGCAGAGUGAUAAACCCACUGCAAUGAACAUAAAUCUCACAUUAAUAUGAUUUCCCUGAUUUCCUUCAGUAAUUUCCCUUACUUUGUAACUGUU